AUCGUUUGUUCAUUCAAUUCAGCCCAAAUGUUUGCGUGCCUGUUAUGUACCAGGCAGUUUGUUGGGCACGGUGGUUGUAACAGUGGCGAUUCCACUGCCUGAUCUCAUGGAGUUUGCGGUCUAGGGGUGAAGACAGAUGCUCAUCAAAUAAGCACACAAGUAAUGGCUAUGCACAAAUCGUGAUAAGUCCUUUGAAGGAAAGGAACAUGGAGUAUCAGAGGGGACUCAAUUUGGGUGGGGGUGGGGAUCUGGGAUUUCAGGAGAGAAGAUUUAAGCUGAGGCCUGCAGGAUGAGUGGGAGUUAGCUUGGUGUGGUGAAGGAUAUUCAUAAGGGGUCAAGGUGCAGGCAAGCAGAGGGUCUGAGGCACACCGCAAUUGGGCCUGCAGAGCCUGCCCCACAAUGGAGACUGCCUCUUUGUGUCUGGCCCAUGGACUAAUUCUUGGGUUAUACAGUUUCUACAGUGAUCUGGUCUAAUCCUCCCCCUACCGUUUUUAAAUUGAGGUAUAUUUCAUACCCAGUGAACAGCACAGCCAUUCUACUUUGUUUCUGGUCUUUCCCAUCCAUAAUGGAGUGGGCAAUGCAAAGGUUACAUCUUAGAUCUAGCAGCAGAAUUCAAACAGCUGAAUGACUUUUGCAUAGUAUCAGUAAGUGCAAGGUGAUUUAGUAUAAAAUGAGUAUAGGACAUGCAUUGGAAAAAUUUUAAGUGGAUGAUGGUUAUAUCAAAUCACCAUCACACUUAAAUUCAUUUAGAUACUUUUAAGCAUGAUGUAAAUAUUGAGAUUUACAAGAUGUAAGAAAUUACAUUCUUUGCAAUGCUAGUAGAUGUCAACCUCUAAAUGUGCAGGUGGUACAUAAUUUUUUAAAAUCUUGCUUUAGGGUAUAUCAGUAACUCAUUAAUCAUAUAGUGUGAUAGGCAGAAUUACGGCCCCCAAAGAUGUCCAUGUCCUAAUCCGCAGAGUCUGUGAAUGUUAGGUUAAAUGUCAGAGGAAUCAAUCUUGCAGAUGGACUUAAUGUUGCUAAUCAGCUAAACAUAUGAUGAGGAGAGGACUCUGGAUUAUCCAGGUGGGCCCACUGUAAUCACAAGGGCUCUUUAAAGUGUAAGAGGGAGGCCGAACAAGGAGACCCAGAGAGAUGUCAUCUGACAAGGGCGCAACUCAGUAUUCCUGGCUUUGAAGAUUGGGGGGCCACAAGGCAGGCAUGUGGGUGGCCUCUAGAAUCUGGAAAGACAAGGAAACAGAUUCUCCCUCAGCACCUCCAGAAGGAACGCAGCCUUGCUGUCACCUUGAUUUUAGUCCAAUGAGACCCAUUUGGGACUUCUGAUUUCCAGAACUGUAAGAAAAUAAAUUUGUGUUGUUUUAAGCCACUAAAAAAACAAAACAAAACCAAACCCCCCUCCCCCCACCAAAAACAGUCCAGGGGAGGUUGUAGAAUUGUAUGAUUGGAACCAGCUUUUUUUCUCCCUUUUCAUCAUGCAUUUAUUUAAAAACUGUUUUGCUUUUUUUUUCCUGUAAAGUACAAAGUGUUUACAAACUUGGAUAAUUAGAAGAUGUUCCACUCUGGAUCCUUAUCGCCUGGCUAGGUGCUGCUCCCAGCAGCCAGCUUGCUGCAGCUUAUGGAUGUUCGGCAGAACUGCUGUGACUUCCUGCAGUCUCAGUUGCAUCCCACCAAUUGCCUGGGCAUCCGAGCAUUUGCCGACGUGCAUACCUGCACCGACCUUCUGCAGCAGGCCAACGCUUAUGCAGAGCAGCACUUUCCAGAGGUGAUGCUGGGGGAAGAAUUUCUUAGCCUAAGUCUGGACCAGGUGUGCAGCUUGAUAUCCAGUGACAAGCUGACCGUUUCUUCAGAAGAGAAGGUAUUUGAAGCUGUGAUUUCGUGGAUCAAUUAUGAGAAAGAAACCCGUUUAGAGCACAUGGCAAAGCUGAUGGAACAUGUCCGUCUCCCUCUCUUGCCUAGGGAUUACCUGGUUCAGACAGUCGAAGAAGAAGCUUUGAUAAAGAAUAACAACACCUGUAAGGACUUCCUCAUCGAAGCCAUGAAAUACCAUCUGCUCCCUCUGGAUCAGAGGCUCUUGAUUAAGAACCCAAGGACCAAGCCCAGGACUCCAGUCAGCUUGCCCAAGGUCAUGAUUGUGGUCGGUGGCCAGGCGCCCAAGGCGAUCCGCAGUGUGGAGUGCUAUGAUUUUGAGGAGGAGCGCUGGGACCAGAUUGCUGAGCUUCCCUCCAGGAGAUGCAGAGCAGGUGUGGUAUUCAUGGCUGGCCAUGUGUACGCUGUGGGUGGGUUUAAUGGCUCACUGCGUGUGCGGACCGUGGACGUGUACGAUGGUGUGAAGGACCAGUGGACAUCCAUCGCCAGCAUGCAGGAGCGCCGGAGCACGCUGGGCGCCGCCGUGCUCAACGACCUGCUCUAUGCCGUGGGGGGCUUUGAUGGCAGUACUGGCCUAGCGUCGGUGGAAGCCUACAGCUACAAGACCAACGAGUGGUUCUUCGUGGCCCCAAUGAACACGCGACGGAGCAGUGUGGGUGUGGGUGUUGUGGAGGGGAAGCUGUAUGCUGUCGGGGGUUAUGAUGGGGCUUCCCGCCAGUGCCUGAGCACUGUGGAGCAGUACAACCCAGCGACCAAUGAGUGGACGUAUGUGGCAGACAUGAGCACCCGCCGCAGUGGCGCAGGGGUUGGGGUCCUCAGCGGACAGCUGUAUGCCACAGGUGGGCACGACGGGCCCCUGGUGAGGAAGAGCGUUGAGGUUUACGAUCCUGGGACAAACACCUGGAAGCAGGUGGCUGACAUGAACAUGUGCCGGCGCAAUGCAGGGGUCUGUGCAGUGAAUGGGCUCCUGUAUGUGGUUGGAGGGGAUGAUGGAUCCUGCAACUUGGCUUCAGUGGAGUACUACAAUCCCGUCACUGACAAGUGGACGCUGCUGCCAACAAACAUGAGCACGGGGCGGAGCUACGCAGGUGUUGCUGUAAUUCACAAGCCCUUGUGACCCCAACUCCCACUGCCAGGAUGUGGAGGAAGGGAGGGGUGCUGCCUGUGACUCAGAACAGUGGGACCACGACUGCUGGAUGCCACUCGCUGCAAGAGUCUGCAGUGGAGCGAGAGCCACCCUCCUCUGACUUGGCAGAGUGGCGAGCUGGUGGAACACCGGUGACCCAUCUCCUGCUCCCUGAGGUGUUUUGGCCUUUGCCUUGAGCAGUGGGCUCCUGAUAGCUCCAGGUGUCACCUUUGGGCUUUUUUGUGUUUCUACAGGGACAGUGUGUGUAUAUGUGUGUUUGUGGGGGUGUGUGUGUGUGUGUGUCUGUGUGUAGAACAUGGUGUUUCACUGAGUUGGGGGUGUGUGAAAAUCUACUGGAUUUCUUUACUACUGAUCCUUCCCCUAUGCUAAAAAUCAAAUCACAGAAACCUCUCUUCUGGAUUCGCCCAUUGGGCCCCCGAGACUACUAAAGCUGCUGUCUGCUGGAGGUCAUGCUGGACAGCGAAUGUCCAGAAAUAACUAGCUAGAGGGGCAGUGCUUUGACCAUGCCCACACACUGGCCUGACUACUGGCGCUGUCUGCAGAGGAGCUGGCAUGCUCAGAGCUGCACCGUGUCCUUUGUGCGUCAGAACUAGGAGCAAAGGGUCCCCAACUCCCCUGCCAGGUGCUUUUCCUUGGGCUCUCCUCUGGGAAGCAGAAGAGAGCUGCCCAGUCUUUAGGCCACUGGUCUUUGAUGUCAUGGAUUCCAGGUUUGGGAGAUUUUGUGUCUUUCAGCAGGAAAACUAGCUUUUCAUAGAAGCCAUGACUAACACACUGGAGAAAAAGAUAUACAUGAAAAACAAAAACAAAACCCAAAGUCUCUGCCCAUAAUCAUCUCAGAGAGGAUCCUACCUCUGGGUUUCCCGGGAUAGGACAGUCCCCAUUUACACUUAUAGUCCAAGCUUAAUUAUUCACAGCAUCCCAUUUUACCCUCGAAAGUGUUCUGGUUCAAAGGAUGAGUAAAAGGUCACCCUACCUCCAAAUCCAAAGCUGGGUUUGUCUCUGCAUUGGAUGGGGUCAUGUGUGAUUUGGAUGGACAUGGAUGCCUUCAAAGGAGUAUGCUUGCUGGGGCUGGCCCUCAGCGCUUUGUGAUGAUGGUCAUGUCUGUCUGAUAUCCUUUCCUUGUGCUCUCCCCCAUUCCAGGGCAUGUACCCUCUCUCCAACCCUCUGAACACCCGCCUCCUCCUUGCUUCCCCUGUUAGGGGAGGAGAUGGUGGUAGGCCUUGGAUGUGUGAUCUCUCUGAGGGGUACUUGCAUUUUAAGAGAGGAGCUUGAUGAGAGCUUUGCUAAUUCACAGGUAAAAUUAUUAAUGACAGAACUUCAAGCAUCUGGAGGCGGGUAUUCAAGGGCACAUGGAGUCAUUUGUAUUUUAAAAAAAUAACCUUAAAGCUGUGCUCUUUCUAAACUAGCAAGUUGCUUAUGUUGGAAUUUCUGGCAUAAGGAGGGGAAGUCUUGUGUCUCGAGAACAGUCCUCCCACUUUGGGGGCUGGGGUUUGACCCUCCAUGAUGCCAAGGUCCACCUGCAGGGAGGUGGGGGCCUUUAUAGACCCUGAUGUUGAACUUUUGACACAAUUGGGCUACUUCAAAGCAGAUAUUGCAGGAGAUUAGUGUUCCCCCACCCCCCUGCCACGACCCCAACCAAAACCCAGGGCCCUCCCUGGCUAGUCGGCCACUUUGUGUAUUUACUGUAUGUUUAUUGUGCACUAAACACUCAACUCUCCUGAAGAGGGAACUUCUCCUUCUGAUGUUGAGCAGGUGUUAUUUCAGCGAGACAUCUGGAGAGCACCAAGGCACCCAGAAUUUUUAGUAGCCUUGGGAAGAGACUAAAAUAUCCAGCUUCGGUGGAGCUGGAAGAAAUGUCUCCAAAGGAAUCAGCCAUGCUUUUAGUUGGGUGCUCUGUCUCACCCAGCACUGGGGAUGCCUGUGUUUUCAGAGCUCUGCCUGGCUCUGGAUCGGAGGCUGAUGGAAUGAGCUUUUUGUUCCAAAUGUUCUUCCUCCCUCUCUGAGGAAGGUUUGGGACUUUGUUUUGGUGAGUGUGUGUGGAUGGUGGGGAUGAGGUUGGGCUGGGGCCUGAUGUGUGUUAUUUGCACAACACCUGAUUUCAGGUGAAAGGUGAAUUCCCCAUCCCCUCCCCAGCCCCUGGGAGCUGGGCUUUCAUGCUUGUGUUGGGGAGGCUACGGUUUGUGUGUCAUUGUCCCAGAAAGGGUCCCUUCCCUGAAAGCUAGUCAGCUAUGUUUUCUGCUUUUGAAUUUUUGCUAUUGGUUCCACCUCACAUCUCCCUUCCCAGGAGGCACUGCCCCUGCCGUAGUGCUGCUGAGGCCAUGUUCAUUUCAUCCUCAUGUGUCCUUUCUCAUGGGGACUAGAACACUGGUACGUCAUCACCAAAAAGCCAAUCUGUUCAGCUGCCCACAGAUGCCAUCCAAAACCUGCUGUCUCUUUAUCACCUGGUACGAUUCUCUCCACAGUGGACACAACAGACUUACUUUCAAGUCUGUGCUGGCCACGUGGUAGGUGAACCCCCAGUGCCCCCCAUUCAGGUGGCCACAACUGCUUGUGAAUGCAGCUUUGCCAGUGGUGUAUCUGAAAUCUGAUCACAGUGAUGAAAUGGAAUUUGGUCCAAGGUUACAAGCAGCUCAGACACCACUUGGAUACUGAUUUGGACGACAUAGAAGUCAGACUCUGAAUUCCAAAGUUAUUUCUCAUAAGUACCCAAUGGCAUCUCUCCAUCUAAAAAGUUGCAGUAUUAUGCAAAUGAAAGUGACCUCAUUUUCUGCUAUGCAAUAAGAAUACUUAAUUCUCUUUCAUGACAAACCAGUUGCAAUAUCCCCUAAGAUGCUUUUUGAGCUGUCUUACUUUGAUAUCUGUUGUGUAAAGUUUAUAUAUUCCUGAGCCAGAUCCUUUCAAAGAUUGCCUUUUUAUAAAAUUGAAGCUAUAGCUUUCAGGCUAAAAUUUUAAUGUAGAUAUUUUUAUAAGAUAAUUUUUCAAGAUAUUUGAAUUGCUUUUUAUUGUCCAUGAUAAUGAAAUGUUGUGUUCUAUAUGUCAUUCACUCUCAAACAUACUUCACGCCUUUAGCUGUCUUCCCUUUGUUUCUCACCCUCCAAAAACUGAUUUUUCAGUAGCUCCAGAUAGACAAGUCUCUUUAACUCUUUGACUUCUUUCUUGCACCAUAUUCAAGGGAGAUUGCUGAAUUUAAAAACACAAUCACUAAUGUUUCUUGAAUUGCUUAGGGACUAAUGUUAAGCUUGACUCAGCACUUACGCAUCUAGAUUGCCUGUCCACUUUAUUGGGAGUCUGCUUUCCACAGGGGUGAGGCUAGUUGGCCCAUCUCCUGGCAGCUCUCACUGCCUGGCACUGAGCCUGGCACGCCAUGGUGUGGGGAAGCCCAGAGAAGGGCCUACUCGCCGCCCUAUAGUUCUAGUAGUUUCCUAGGUCCAGCGGACCAGUCCUCGUUCUCUUCUGUCCCCUUGUUCUUCUGAAGCUUCCAACAGCUUAAGGCCUUUGCUGCUGGAUGACAUGUCUUUUGGAGGCAUAUUGUCUGUGAACUUUAAAAGAGGGGUCACUCCUCACGAUCCCCCUAAGAAUGUGUUAAGCAUAUGCUUUGUAGAUGCUCAUACUACACUUGUAACUUGUUUCUUGAGCUGUGUCUACACUCCAGGCUCUAUUUUGUGUACUUAUGUAUCACUAGCCUCGUUUAAAAAAAAUCUUUAUUUUUAUUAUUAUUGGGACAGGUGCCAUUUGAAUUGCCUCCAUGCUCUCCCUUUGCACCUUGUUGGAUCAAGUUGGGAGGUUGAGUGAACUCAUAUUCCAGUUAGCUGGAAUUUUUAAGGCUCUGUUUGCCUGGAGAAGAAAGGAGGUUGGAAUGUAAUUUUUUUUAAGUGUUUGCACUACUUAGAGUCCUAAGCCCCUCAAGUUCAGCUGUGCUGUGUAUCUACUGACCAAGCAGGGGAGCCGGCAGCACUUCUGACAUCUGGGAAUGGAAGAGGCUUCUUCCGUGGUGGAUAAUCACAGCCUCGUAGCCCUUGUGCAGCCUUUGUCAUGGGGUGCGGUGACUCGUGGAUAUGGUGUCAGCCACGGCAGAAAUGCAUGGGUCUGUGGUGUUUGGAGAAAUGAAUUGCUCUAGUGCUUUGUUCUUGCCUUUGGUUUUGAGAUUUCAAAUUAUUUUUCCCCUUUUUCAGUGGCAAUAAAGGACCCUUGUUGGACUUCUUGUUUAACUUGUACAUGAUGUGUAAAAUACUUUCUCCGAAAGAAAACUCAAGACACUUGAAUGUGUAUGUCUGUGUGGGUGCUCUGUCUGUGUGGUUGUCCACAGGCAGGCAGACUCGAUCACUGAUACCCCAUACAACACAUUGCAUGGGUAAGGUCCUUGAUCUGGUGUCCUCUGCUUGGAUUUUAGGGACCGUAUAUCUUGUAAAAGAACACUUGUUACAUGCUUGAUCUGUUACAGUGAUAGCUGAAGAAACAGUUCCUUGGAUGUGUUAUAUUAACAGGAAUUGUGUUCUAGUUUCCCAUACUGUAUGUUACUUUAAUUUUAAUAAAAGCCAAACUGUGAGAACCUU